AAAAAUUAUAAAGCACGUCUCUAAAAAUUAUAAUAAAAGAUCGGUUCUUAUAAAUGACAAUUUUCUUGAAGGACUUGCCCAUGAGUCUCGGCAAGAGAAGUGAAAGGAAUUUGCUUGGACUUCUAUGCCUCUCCCUGGCCCCUGCCGAUCUGAGGGAGAAGAAGAGAGGAGGAGGAGGGGAAGAAGAAAAUGGGUCUUUUUAGGAGCCGCAAAGGGUCGGGAGGGGCGGCCACUUCCUCUUGUUCCGAACUCAGAAAUGCCUACAAUGAUUGCUUCAAUAAAUGGUAUGCGGAGAAGUACAUGAAGGGACAACGGGACAAGCACGACUGCGUGGCCGAGUGGGAGAAGUACCGAGCUUGCCUCAUGCAAUUUUUGGAAGACAAGCAUCUGAGCCGUUUGCUGGAAGCCGAGGCUGUUGCUCAUUCAACAAGAGAAUAUACCAACCAGUCAGCUACAUCAGAUCGCACUUAAAAUAAAUGUAGUUUGACGCGAGAAGUCAAUCUUUGCUGGUUAGGGUCAUAUUUUAAGGCUUCAAACAUGACCUAGCCUACCAUAACAUCUUUCUUGAAAUAAUUCAGCAGAUAUGAAGUGGACUGCAUCUAUCUGCAUUAUGAUCCAUGGUGUGUGACAGAACUUUGUCAUAGCAGAAAAAAGAUCAGCAUCCUACCAUGCUGUUAAGAAAUCCGAUGUCAUCCCAAGAGUGAGGUAAUUGUUAAUGGCACGCAUGGGCAAGUUGGAUGGAUGGGGUGCCACCAUGAUGAUGUGCUCAAGAUGAGCCUGUGGGAGGUCUGCUGAAAUUGAACAGGACAAUAUGUUCUGGUAUGCAGACAUUUGAGCAGAUCUGCAUAGAAAAAUGUUAGUUCUUGACUUCUGAACAUUCUGUACUUUAUUGCUAACCAGAUGUACACCUCUGCAUAACCCUCUUCUCAUCUGCACCUGAGUGUGUGGUAUGUGGAUUAUACAAAUUAUUUAUAGCGUACUCUUUGGAAGGUCUCCUCAUUGGUAAUUUUUGAAGA